UCAAUUGAAGUUGAAUCAUUUGAAAACAGCUACCAGAACAUUGAGCACAUUUGAAUAAAAAUUACAUUAACUUAAGUAAGCUUACAGGUAAGUAGCUAGCUAGCUGGAUGGUUACAAAUAAAAAUGGAUUUUAAUUCCUCUACAAAGAAGAAAGAUGCAAGGACCUCAACUCCACGUCGAAUCAAAACCUCAGAGAAACAGAUUGAAGCAGAGGACAGUGCAGCAACACAGGUCUUGGACAGCCAUGAGAAACUUACUACAAGACAGAAGCCAUUGUCCAAGCCUGGACUAUCUGUGGAGGAAAAAUUUGAACAAGAGAAGCGGAAAAGGCAUGUCCUGAUCAAUGCGCACAACAGACUAAAGAUUGCUGUGAAGGAAAAAGAGGCUAGGUUGAAGGAACUGGAGGAGAUACUGAAGGCAAAGAACCUUCAGCCUACAAAUUACCGCUGUGAAGACACAUGUAAGCAGCGAAUACGACAGCUGGAGAACAACCUAGACAAGAUGAAGAUGAAGAUCACAAAGGCUAAGAAGAUCCAGACCGUCUAUCGGCACAUCCGUGAGCACCUGCAGCAGGAGCUCCGUGAAAUGCACAUGGUCCUGGACCAGAAAGAACAUGCAGUUGCCAUUGGACAGGCAGAGGUGGACAAAGCAACCCAACAGUUUCAGUCAGCAGCAGCUGCUGCAGACAGCACACUGGGCAAGAUGGUUCAGAUGGAACAUGAGACAAUAGAAAGGAAAAGAGAAAUGGAUUGUGAGCUGUGCGAACUAAAUGCAGAAGAAAGGGAGCUGAAAAGGCAAACAGAAACACUUGGGCGUCUUAGCGAAAGAGGGCACAGCAGGCUGAAAGAGCGGCAGGAAAUUGAAGAAGAAGCACACUCAAUUCCAGUCAAAGAUCAUCAGUAUUAUGACAUCUGUGGUGCUUCACAGUCUGACUUGGAACUGGUAGAGGAUAUGGAGGCUCUGAGAGAGACUCUGGGCUGUGCUGACAUUCAGGAUCUGGUUAACAAGGUGGUGUCACAGCGAGCCACCAAGGAAAAGCUCCUCAAUGAGGUAACCCAGUAUGAGGAAAUGGUCAGGCUGGAGGCCAAAACCCUGGCUGAUCUGGAGCUCCAGUACACCGAACUCAAGUUCAGUGCCAAACCUAAAGCUACAAGGUUUGACAAACUGAAGGAACAAAUGCAGGCAAGGCUGAAACAGGAAGUGGACCGUGUUCAACGAUUUCAGGCCGAGCUGCAGCAGUCUCAGGAUCUGUUGGACACUGUUGAGCAGGGGGUGAACAACCUCUACUUCAGGAUGAGCUGUGUGCCCGUGGAGGGGUUGCCCAGUGCAUCCAGUACUGACAGCAUAGACAAGCUGAGGGACAUCAGCGCCCGUCUACCAACAUUACAGCAAAGAGCCUCGGCGCAGAAACCUGAGAUCAGCAGCCUGGACCAAGAGAGGGUUUACAGUUUGCUGGAACAGCUCAACGCGAUGGAGUUAAGGACCAACAAGAGACCAACCACUCCUAUAGACACUCCCCAGCUUAGUGAUGAAGAAGAGUGCUCUCUGUCCCGCGAGGAAAUCAAACGCAGCAGCAUUAGACUGAUUGAAUCUGAGCAGAACAAGAAGUCCUCGAGUAGAGUCAGGAGGAAGCAGUGAGAUACAGACCACAAAGUGGGUAUAAUAAGGCUAAUGAAAUAAACAAGAAAGCAGCAGGAA